AUUCGAUUUCAAUCAAAUUUGUGUGAAAUACGACGCUCCAUUUAUGUGCAUCUUAUAAGAUGUAAAAUCACAAGAUUUUUUUUCGAACUGUGUAUAAUGGAAAAUUUUAGCACUGUUUGAAGAAGCUUUCGAAGAGUUUUUGCGAUUACGGAGCCCAGACUGCUUGUCACUAGUGCAAAACGAUCAGGCAAAAUAUCAUCAUCCCUUAAUCGUUCACAGCAGUUCCUUCCGUUCGUAGCCACCAGGCAACUACUAAUUAAUCUAUCACAAAAAGUUACUAAUACUAAACCAUCAUAGCACUAGUGUUUGUCUUUCCGUGUAGCUGGUGAAAAUGACAAAAGGAGCUAGGAAAAUACCGCGCUCAAAUCACAUUCUCAUCUGUUGGUGGACGUGAAGCUUUCCAACCUACCAACACCAAUGAAUUCGAAUGAACCGAUUUCGUUCAGAAUCGCUCCGAACAUUUUCAGCAUGAACCCCUUUCCGGAUUUCCACCCUAAAGCAAGUCUCAGUCAGUUUAGUUGAACGGAAAUUUCACCGGUCUUCAUUCGGUAGUCAACCUUGGAUCAGAUAGGUUCUAGCCACUCUUAAUGCUAUCUUGUCGGUCUUGUAACAAUCAGAAGCUAUGUGAAAAUGUGCUGUUUUCAGUUGGAAAAACCCGGUUCGAGUGAAGGUACAAGUUCACAUCGCUGCAGAGCCAUUCCAAGCAGGACUUCCCUGGCGUGUGGCGUAUGGGUGGCUUUCGGAUGUGCGGUGAAAGUAUCGUGCUUGACAGAAACGAAUAUCGAUUUUUCCAACCGUGAGCCAAAUGUACAGAUGCAGCAGACGGCUACGCAAUGUUUGUGUGUCCUCCACGGAAAUAACAUAGUGAGAUUUACGGUGUGAUCUGUGAUGUACCAAAAAAAACAAUCAAUUAACGAUGUUUGCGCUGAUAUAAAGAAGGAUAAACUGGGUUACGAAGAUAAUGGCUUGCGUUAGCCAUCGUUGAGAAUAAAUAUGUACUAGUGCGACGUUACUAUGGAAAACUGCGACCCAGUUAAUUUUCGACAAUAGAACACAUUUGUCAGCUGCAGUGACGAGUGCUAUUUGAUCUUGAAACGACGAAAAUGCGUUUGUGAGAUAUGCUUAUUAUUGAUUACUCAUACUUUUCUAUUGAAUAUUAGAGCAACGCUUAUCAAGCGAAAAAUGAAUGAACGAGGAAUUUUGAAAUAUUCAGCGAACUAAAAAAAGGAAAAAAAUAAAUAAGUGCGAUAGGACGUAUUCAAAAGAGUGACUGCAAACUUUGGAAUAAGUUCGUGACAGCAGAGAUACCAUCUCCGGAAAGCUACGUGGUACGCUACGGAUCCAUCAUCACUUCCGCAAUCACAGCAGAAACGUUCAGACCAAAUCCAACUACCAGACUAUAAACGUCGGCUUCCGCGCUACAGUAGUAAGCGUGGUAAUGGCCACUAAAGUGGAUAGCCCCGGUGGUCCCAGAAAUAAUGGACACGAGAUGGCCCCACUGAAUACACGGGCACGAGGGGAUGGCACACAUGGAGUCACAAUUAUGCUGUCUCCUCCAGAUCGGAGUUCGAUUGGUUCACGGGAGGGAGCUGGUCUCCCAGAUGGAGAUCCCGAUCGAGCCGCAUGGUCUGGAAAGAUGCAAUUUUUCCUCAGUAUUAUUGGAUACUCCGUCGGAUUGGGGAACAUCUGGCGAUUUCCAUACUUAUGUCAGCAGAAUGGAGGAGGCGCUUUCCUGAUUCCGUUUAUGAUCAUGUUGAUUCUGGAAGGCAUUCCUCUUUUCCUGAUAGAAUUAGGAAUGGGCCAACGGAUGCGGUUAGGUGCACUGGGCGUGUGGAACACGAUUCAUCCCUGGCUAGGUGGCAUUGGCAUUUCCUCUUGCAUCGUUACACUUUUCGUCGCGAUCUACUAUAAUGUGAUUAUUACCUGGUGCUUUUACUACUUCUUCAACAGCUUUCGGGUCACUCUUCCGUGGGCUGUAUGUCCACAGCUCAACGGCACCGAUGUGCCUGAGUGCGAGCGGUCCUCAGAAACCGCUUACUUCUGGUAUCGAACGACUCUGGAUGCAUCACCAAGCAUCGAAGAGCCAGAAGGAUUUAAAUGGUGGAUCGUGCUAUGUUUGAUGCUGUCUUGGACGGUAGUGUUCUUCAUCGUGAUGAAGGGCAUCCAAAGUUCGGGCAAGGUGGUCUAUUUCACCUCUCUUUUCCCGUACAUCGUGCUGACAAUCUUCUUUAUCAGAGGAAUCACACUAAAAGGCGCCGGCGCCGGACUUAUGCACAUGUACACUCCGAAAGUUGAGAAAUUACUGGAACCGACGGUUUGGUUGGACGCAGCAACGCAGGUGUUUUAUUCGUUCGGACUGGCCUUCGGAUCACUGAUAGCAUUUGGAAGCUAUAAUACCCCAAAGAAUAACUGCGUUCGGGAUGUAAUCCUGGUAUCGGUGUGUAACGCCAUAACGGCCAUUUAUGCCAGCGUAGUGAUAUUCGCUAUCCUAGGGUAUAAAGCGACGGUUGGCGUUGACAGAUGUAUCUCAGUAAAUAAAGGAAUUUUAGUAAAACACGGAGUACUACCGUCAGUCCACGUCGACAAUGUGGAAUACGAACAGGCCAUGCACGGACUUGAUCCAGUGGCGUCAGCAAAUUGGACGCUAGAACAUUGCAGUUUAGAAAAUCAGCUAGAUAGUGCUGCUGAAGGAACUGGGCUUGCGUUCAUCGUUUUCACCCAGGCCAUUGUGCAACUGCCGGGCGCUCCAUUCUGGGCGGUGCUCUUCUUCACGAUGCUCUUAUCACUGGGAUUGGGCUCGCAAAUUGGUAUUCUGGAAGGAAUGCUGUGUACGAUAUUCGAUAUCGAUAUCUUUAAGCGGAUUAGAAAGCCGUACGUUACUGGUGUCGUUUGUGUAAUUUGUUUCAGCGUGGGCUUGAUUUUUACGACCGGAGCGGGCGAAUAUUGGCUCAAAAUGUUCGAUUCAUUCGCCGGAACGAUUGGAUUGGUUGUUGUGGCCCUCAUGGAAACUAUCGCGGUGAUCUACAUCUACGGACAUAAAAAGUUUACGGAGGACAUCUAUCAAAUGACUGGAACUCGACCGGGUUUCUACUGGCAGAUGACCUGGAGGUACAUCGGACCGGUCAUCAUGUUCGGGAUUCUGCUAUCGUCUAUUCUGAGUAUGAUACUGAGGAAUCCAACGUAUGCAGCAUGGAACGGCGAACUGGGUAUCACUGAAAACAAAUCGUAUCCUGACUGGGUGAUGAGCAUUGCACUUGCAAUGAUUUGUGCGUCUGUGCUUCCGAUGCCAUUGGUGUUCCUGCUGCGACGGUUCCAGAUCCUCAAGGUGGACCUGGAUAUCCAUCAAGGCUCGAUCCGGCGUAACGAAACGACUGCCUCCACUAAGGAGAUGAUUGACGAGGACGAUGUUGUCAGUCCAGAUCUGCCUCCGCCUCAAUCGUUGGCAGCAACGCGUUUCACGAUCGGAGAUUUUGAUGAUGAUGAUGACGAUGAUUUUAGCGGGCCCGCCCUGGGUGGACCGGUGAACCUACGUAGUGACAGCGACGACGAAGAUGAACCGCCAACCAUGGGCAAAAUGCUAACGAAGCAUUCCGGGAAUUCGAUCAUGAAGGGGAAUUCCACCGCCAACUCUCAACAUAAAUUUCAGUUUAAAAAUCAACACCACCUGACGGCCAAUCCAUUGUCCGUCAGUCCAGGUCGGAAAAAACCGUUCAGCAUGGAAGUUGUAGAUUUCUAGAUAUUAGAAAUAGCAUACGACUACAACAAUAAAAUUAGAUUCUGUGUGAACAAAAAAAAUAAUGCAAAGCAAGAAAUAAGAUUAUAUACCAAUCAAGCUCAGCUAUUGCGUAAAUGUUAAUCCUAAUUUUUAUGUAUGUACAAAGCCAUAUGUUUAUUCCAGAGAUUGUUAUGUUUUCAUUCAGUUUGGACGUUAUUUUGAAUUUCAGUAGCAGUUGUUUGUAUAUAGCGUAAAAAAAUACAAAUAGAGUUCAACAUUAAAAAAACAAGAAAAAAACAAACUCUAUUCGACGUGUCUUUAGACUAAGAUAAACAACAAGAACUUGUUACUAUGCCAGAUGGUUCCAAAUGUAAAUGGAGUAAAAAAAAGAGUACAUGAUUUCUAUUUUAGAUACCGUAUCUACCCAGCAUAUCGCUGUACUUCAAUGUUAUCGACCUACAAAAUCAGCCUCGAUAAAAAAGAUAUAAUUUUAAUGACAAGUGUAAGCAACAGUUUGAUAUUAUUGAAAGUGACAACAACAAGAGUAGAUGCAAACAAGAAACAGACUAGCUUAAUUCAAAACGACAUUUUUAUUAGUUGUACUAAAAGAUCAGCCUAUUUGGUUCGAAUAUAUUAACUCAGUCAGAGUAUUUUAAUAAGUGAUAUAGCUUGUAAGUAGCUAAUAGCCUACGAUUAUUAAAAAAAGAAGAAACAUCCAAGCAGCCAAUAUGAUGUUUAAGAUUACGAAAAGAAAAUCAAAUGGGAGAGAACAAAAAGUAUUUCAAAUUAGCAUAGUCAGGAAGUAACUUAUGGGAGACGUGAAUUAAUUUUAAGGGAAAGAAGAUUUCAGUAACAAUACCUAAAUGCAAAAAUACCAGUAAUCAUUGUAAACUGUUAAUUUCAAUCAUGUUUAUCUGAGUAUUGGAGUUUUGUUUCGGAAAUAAUUACAAAAUUCUGAAAUGUCACACAUUCAACAAUAUUAUGAAACAACACUUUUGUCAUUUUAAAUGCACAACUAAUUGAACGAGUAAAGCUGUUGUACAUAGUUCUUCUUUAGUUAUGAGGCUACACUCUUACGUUAUUGCGAGAAAGUUACUGACACAAGGUAAGAAUGAAAAACAAUAAAAAUUGUGAUCAAUACUACACUUAAUGAGAAACACAGAUUAGUAUGUAAGAUAUUUUUAAAAUGUUACUUGAAUCCCAGGAAACCCCAGAACAACUUAUAUGUAAUUGAAUCCAAAGCGGAAGGAAUAUAACUCCGCUCAAAGUACCUUGAAAGAAAAAAAAAAAGGCUACAUACUUAAUGGUAUAUCAUAUUACAACAAAACGAUUCUUCAAUUAUGUGCAUGGGAGCAAAAUGUUUCUCUAAUUCUCCUAAACAAGCAAAUAAUGUAUUCGUUCGGAAGACUUUUAACAAAAAGAUACCCGCAAUUCGACUGCGGUUAAUGUGCUGAACAAAUUGAGAUUCUAUGUGGAAUGUAUUUAUCACCAGAGAAAAAUUCUAUUGCUCACAUUUUCGAAACAAACUUUUCACUAAUCUCACAAUAGAUCGGACUGUAUUUAAACUAAAAUCUUCUAAAUAUUUUCAUAUUAUUUUUUUACGUGAAAAGGGUGUAGCUGGGUUUGCGUAUAAAAACUGCCUCCCAAACAGAAAAAAAUUGAUAUACGCUGUUUGAAAGGGUUUAUAUUGGCGAUGAUUUUCCCAAAAUUUCAACCCUUCAACUGUCAUAUUAGUGGAGUUAAAGUGGUUCUUCUGAUUUUCAUUUUAUUCAAAAAUCUCUUUAGCAAAAAUAUUGAAAAAAUUCUGGAAUAUUUUAGGAAUAAUGGGAAACCUUUCUGAUUUUUUCAGAAUUUUUAAAAAGGUUUUUCAUGUGAAAAAAAGAUUCAAAAUUUUCGAUUUUUUUUAAUCGCACUUGCAAUUUUGGCACCACUCUAGAUUUUACAUAAAAAAUAAAUCAUUUAUGAGUACAUUACGCUAUAUUUUUUCAGAUUUUUCAAAAAUGUGCACGGGUAUAAGAUCAGACUUUAUGAAAUAAAUCAUUCGAAAUACCAUGCAUCUCCAUUAAAUUGUCUUCAUCCGUUGGAGAUGCAUGAUAUUUAGUUCUACAAUCAUAUAUCACAUGUCCUUAGAACUAAAUACCAUGCGUUUCCAUCUACAACUUGAGUUCAGAGUUUAAAAAAGAAUUUCACCCCUAAAAUUAUUUACACACGCCCGUACGUCUGUCUCGAUUUAGCUAGUAAUUAUGUAGGAAAACAGUUCGUUUGAACGCAUUAGUGAACAUGUUGUCAGCGGGCGGUUGUGUUUCGUAAGGAAGGUAUUUAGUUCUAUGGGCAUAUGAUAUAUGAUGUUAGAACUAAAUACCAUGCGUCUCCAUCGGAUGAUGACAAUUUGAUGGAAUGAUUUAUUUUUUUGAAAGUCUGAUAUUAUACCCGUCUACAUUUCUGAAAAAUCUGAAAAAAUGCAGUUUACUGUACUCAUAAAUGAUUUAUUUUUGAUGUAAAAUCUAGAGUGGUGCAAAAAUUGUAAGUGCGAAUAAAAUAAUUCGAAAAUUUUGAACAUUUUUUUCACAUGAAAUACAUUUUGAAAAAUUUUUAAAAAAAUCAGAAAGGUUUCCCAAAGUUCCUAAAAUAUUCCUGAUUUUUUUCAUUUUUUUCGUUAAAGAGAUAUUUGAAAAAUUUAAAUGAAAUGAAAAUCAUAAGAACCACCCUAAAUCCACCAUCAUGGCAGUUAAAAGGUUAACAAUUUGGGAAAAUCAUCUCCAAUAUAAACCCUUUCAAACAAUGCAUAUCAAUUUUUUCUGUUUUUGGGCAGUUUUUAUUUGCAAACUCGGCUACACCCUUUAUCAACAGUCUAAAAUUUGUCCCUUUUACCCAAAAAACUGUUUAAUUUCAUCGAGUUUCAUAUAUUAUGAUUUGGAAAAUCUAUUGUACUGAUAACCAUUCUCGAUUCUUGAUUUUAAACGUUAUAAUAGUGAUAAUAACAGGAGCUCCUUAUUUCGUUUGGAUUUCAAAUUGAAACUUGGAAAAACAACCAACGAAGUAACUACUAUCAGGCAAACAUCAUUCCAAAUCAAUGAAAACUCAUGAUUUAUUGCAGGCGAAACCGCAACAAAAAUUAUUUCAUAUCAUACUUCGAAACAAUGUUUGAAGUUUAUCAUCAUAGAAAAUUGACAUUUAGUGGUCGCGUUCGGAACAGUCGCAACAGUAUUACCAUGAGGCAAUUUAAUAAAGCACGCAUUGUUACGAAGAAAUUGUAAGGACACCUUAGCAAUAGUUAAAAAGCAAAACUGAAAUGAAUCUUCCAUUAAUCCUUUAGAUUAGUUUUUUCUAUCAUGAUUCCUACGAUUGGAUAGCUUAAGGAUUCGUUUGAAAUAUCAUUCAAUGUCAAAUGAGUAGUGAAGCUAUACUAUGUAAAUCACAGUUUUGUACAUGUUCUUUGUUAGAACCUGUUGAUUGCACGGUUCAACAUAAUAAAACUACAUAUAUAGAGUAGGUCUGCUCGAACGCAACGCAACUCAUCUCAUGUAGUAAAUUUUGAGAUUUCAAAUUCUAGAAAUAUCUCUCAAAUUAUUUUUCCAAGCUAUGGUGAAGCAAUCUUUUUGUUCUCCUAAAUUGAUCUGCAUAUUUGUAUGAUACAUUCAAACAAUUUUAAAGACUUCAUUAAAAGCAUUUUGGUACCUGUUGGGUUGAAAACUUAUUGAUCAUGGGAAUUCCAUAUACAACUUGAUCGAUAUAUUAAGAAAAGCUUCAACUUAGUUUAGGAAUGUAAUGGAAAAGUGUGUUCUACAUUGCUGAAAAUCAAUAGUCGGUUAUGAAGAUAGUAGUAUAUAUUUCAGUGCUGUAUCUAUCCGUACUUACACAAAAUAUACUAGCACUAACUGAUUUAUUCGCUCAAUAUUGAUAUCAUCACAUGAUACAGAAUAAAUACACUAAUGAUUGAGGUAGGAGAACUGAUCAAUGAAAGCAAUUCAAUAAACAAAAACUAACAGAGUAAACGGAUGCAGACAAAACUUGAGUUAAACUAUAGCAAUUGAUCACAGAAUGAAUAGAACUAGAUAGCAAAAACUAAUUCCACUCGUCAAUUGCUUCGAUACAGUGUUAAAAUAAAAAAAGUGUGGUGCAUUGAGUAUACUAACAAUUCAUUCAAAAACUCAAAUCUAUUUCCACACGAAGGAUACUUGGCCUUAAAGGCCGAUUUACAAUCAUAGGAAAACAGCAAUAGUUUUAAGACGCAAAAGCAGUUUUCUCCACUGUCGUUGAACGGAAAUUCAAAAAAAGAAACAAGUACCAGUUCAUUUAGUACAUUCUUCAAAAUAAAAUUAUGUUUUUUACGAAAAUUCAUCCAGCGAUAGAGGAGAAAACUACGUUUUCGUUUUUCAAUAUUGGCUGUUUGCCUAAGAUUGUGAGUAGAACGUCAAAACAAACAGGGUUCAUGUUUGCUAUGUUGAUUAACAAUUAUGCCUAUUGAUUAAAAAUUUGAGAGGUCAUUGCAUGGAAAAUAUCAUGAAAUCAUGCACAAUAUUUCGUGUAAAAACAGAAUUGAGGGUAUAACAUCCCUCAUUCUUUGCGUCUUGUUUAAACAUAAUUAUUUCUACAGUGUCCUUAUAAGGAUUUGUUUGAUUCAGAGAAAUAUUUGAAAAUAUCAUUGAAUAAUCAUCCCCCGAAAUGAAAACAAACAUUAGAAAUAAAUCAUAAACUUAAAAACGAACUCAUUGUGGCUUAGAAAUACUAUCGAAAAACUUAAAAUUUUGCCAUUGGGUGAAAACUAAAAAUGUUAUUAUAUAAUAGCCCCAUAGAAAUUUGAAACUGAGUUUCCAAAAGUUACAUUUGUUUGCAAAAAAAGAGUAAAAAACAGUCAUUGGAAGGCAUGAUUUCAAUGACGCGUGUAAAAUUUGUGCCCAAUAUACUACUGUAAAUUUCUCCCACCAUGAGAUACUUAACUUUAACCAGUGUAUUAGAAAAGCAACAAUUGUUUAGAGACAAACAUAUGAAAUUUCGUCAUGCUGACGAACUUAAAUGGAUCGUAUGCAUGCUUAGCAAUCUAUUUGAAAAAGAAAAUUAAUCUGAAAGAUUUCUUGAAAAACUAGAUUACCCCAUAGCAAGUAAAUUAAAUAUUUUUUGAAGCCCGAUUCAUCUUAUUUUAAAAAGCUUCAAGGACCAUUUCCCUGUAUCUUAUUUUAGGAAAUAUAAACUGUAGUAGCAUAUUUGCUCAAAUGAAGUAUGCGAACUGCUAUGCCAUUAAUGUUAGCUGUAUAGAAAUUCUAGGAAACUUCUCGAACGUGGAAGUAAUGCUAAGGAAUAAGCAGCCAUACAACAACGUAAGAAAAACUAACCAACAAAGGUUUUCUGUCAAAGAUGCUGUAAUAUUUCAUACGACGUUUAAAAUAGGUGCAAAUCACUAUAGUUGCAAUGUAAAUUGCAAUGCCAGUAAAAGGAAUGGACGCUAUGGAAAUGUAAACAACAGAUAUAUAAUAUGUACUAAGGAAUUUAUUCAAUUUGACAUUUGAGAAAUAAAAUGAGAAAAAUAGUUCGUUAAGGAGAUCAAACACAA